AUGUUGAAAACUUUCAUGACUCAAGUCAACCAAAAGUUUGAUUCCAUGGCCACCCAUAAUAAAAUGCUUGAAACACAAAUUGCGCAAUUGUCAUCCUCUAAUGCUUCAAGAGUUCCCGGUUCUUUGACUCCUCAAGGGGUAAGCCCCGGUGAGACCCAUCAAGCUAAUGCUAUUGUGACAAGAAGUGGGAAAAACCUUGUGAAUUCAACUACUAAGAGUCCAACUCAAGGAGAGAGUGAGCCCAUUGAUGAGAGUGAGCCUAUUGUUGAUACCACCAUAGAUGAGGAAGAGGUUGUGAUUUGGAGAAGAUUAGAACAGGGCCUCCAAAAUGUUCAAGACGGCCCUGCUCCUUACAAGCCCAGAUUGCCUUUCCCAUCUCGUUUUGCCGGAGCUAACCUUGAUGAUCAAUUUGCAAAAUUCCAAGAAGUCCUCAAGAACCUUUAUGUGAACAUUCCUUUUGCCGAAGCCCUUAGGCAAGUGCCUACUUAUGCCAAGUUUUUGAAGGAGAUUCUAACCAAGAAGAGGGUUGUGCAUGUGGUUGAGACUAUUAGCCUACCCAAAAGUUGUAGUGCCAUUAUCCAAAAUAAGUUGCCCACCAAAUUGAAAGAUCCCGGGAGUUUUUCCAUCCUAUGUGCAAUUAGGGAACUUGUCAUAGAUAAAGUCCUAUGUGACUUAGGAGCAAGUGUGAGUGUAAUGCCAUUCUCUAUUUUUCAAAGGUUGAAUGUGGGAGAGUUGAAGCCUACCCAAGUGUCCCUCCAAUUAGCCGACCGUUCGGUGAAGCUUCCUUUGGGAAAGGUAGAGGAUGUGCCUAUGAGGAUUGGGAAGUUCUUUAUUCCCGUUGAUUUUGUGGUCUUAGAAAUGGAUGAAGACCCUAAUGUCCCAAUCAUCUUAGGAAGACCUUUUCUUGCCACCGCGGGGGCAAUCAUAGAUGUGAGAGGUGGUAGACUAUCCCUUAGUGUGGGGGAUGAGAAAAUUGAGUUUCAACUUAACCAAAUCAUGAGAUGCCCCUUCCAUAUGGAUGAUUGUAAAGAAUUGAUAUCCUUGAUGAAAUUGUCAAUGAGUCUAUGA